AUCCCAAAGAAAAGGGGGGAAAGGAAAGGGGCACUGUGUGUGCUAGGCUGGCCCACAUCGCCUCUGGGUCCCAUAUGCACUUUUGCAGCCCGAAUCAGCUGCAGAAAACCGGCUGAGCCAAAGCCUCUCUCCCUGCCACCCCCUUCACAACUCAGAGAGGAUUCCUUUCUUCUUGCACAACCCAAGAGGCACCACACCCUUAUUGCUCACACAAAAAUAAGGCAGCUCCUUACAGUGCAAUGAGCCUGGCUUUUUUGGCGAUUCCCUAUGCAGGACGGGGAGAAAGUUUUAUGGCAUAAACCCUAAAGGUACGGGGUCCUGCCUCCAGGGAGACUUCCCAGCUUUCCUCCGGGCGAAGUUGGCAAGGGAGAUCAAGGAAGAUUCUGAGUUGGCUCAAGUGAGCAGGACCUCCACAGACUUCCAUCGCCAUGGACUGGAAGACCCUACAGGGACUGCUGAGCGGGGUGAACAAAUACUCCACCGCUUUCGGGCGCAUCUGGCUCUCCGUUGUCUUUGUCUUCCGAGUCCUGGUUUAUGUGGUGGCUGCUGAGCGAGUGUGGGGGGAUGAGCAGAAGGAGUUUGAUUGCAACCACCGUCAGCCCGGAUGCACCAACGUUUGCUUUGACCACUACUUCCCCAUCUCCCACACCCGGCUGUGGGCCCUGCAGCUUAUCUUUGUCACCUGCCCUUCGCUGCUGGUUAUAAUGCACGUGGCCUACCGUGAGGACAGGGAGAGGAAAAACCGGUUAAAGAAUGGAGAGAACUGCCCCAAACUCUACAGCGACACUGGCAAGAAACAUGGUGGCCUCUGGUGGACUUAUGUUCUCACCCUCUUCUUCAAGUUGGCUAUCGAGAUCGUAUUCCUCUACCUCCUGCAUAGGAUAUGGGAGAGCUUUGACAUGCCCAAGCUAGUCAAGUGCGAUCUGAAGCCUUGCCCCAAUGUAGUGGACUGCUACAUCGCUCGGCCAACGGAGAAGAAGAUUUUCACCUACUUCAUGGUUGGGGCGUCCGCCUUCUGCAUCGUCCUCAUCGUCUGCGAGAUUGUCUACCUCAUCUGCAAGCGGGUGUUCCGCUCGAUACAGAAGUGCCAGAAGAAGAAGAGGUCGCUCACCUACAGUAAGGCAUCCACCUGCCAGUGCCAUGCGAGACUGGACCAACCGCAUUAUGGGAAAGGGAAGCACACACACGUGGAGGCCCUCAGAGCCUCUGCACCUAACCUGACUUUGAUCUGAGGCAGCGAGAAAGGACAGAUCCAAAAUGGCCGACUGCCAUUUGGAUUAUUUCAUUGCAACACACAAGUGGCUUUUGAGGAACGUGGGGCAAGGAAGGGUGAUUUGAAACAGAAGUCUUCCUUCUACAUUGUGUGGCCACCAAAGUUUUCCACAAAGGGGAAGCGCCAUCAUGUUUUGUUGAGGCCUAAAGGCAAAGCCUCCUGGCCUGUUUACAUGUUUUUACUAAACUGAAGAGGCAUGGUCAAAGCACACACAACACAAGAUGUUGACUUGUACAAUCCCUGGAAGAAGUUGCAGCUCUUUAGAUCCCAACAUCUGCUCUUUCUCAGAAGAGAUGAUAAUAUGGGCAGUUGGCUAAGAGAGCCACAUAUGUGGAACAUCUGUUCUGGUCUUCAGAAAACUCCUAGCAACUAAUGACUUAUAGCUCUGAUUCUUUCCUCUGACUCAUUAAAAUGUUUAUAGAGCGUUGCAGAAUCAAUGAAGGGGGGGGGGGCAACUGUUUAGUUAAUGCUGUCCAAAAACAAAUGAUGAAUGGAAAGAUUGGCUUCAGCUUAACCUUAUCACCAAAAUUUCACCUAAAGGAAAUUCAAAGUUAAUUUGGAGGUUUCACUUCAGGCAGAAUAGCUUAGUGAUUUCAAGGAAAGCCAAGAAAAAAAUUCAAGUUGGGGGAGGUGUUUGCACCAUCUGUAGGUGUGUUUGCACGAACAAAGGGGCACAGCCUUAGAUAUCUCUGUAUAGUAGCUUUAUCCAAUCUGCUGCAUUCCAGAUGUUGUUCAAUUCCCAGCCCCAAACACAAUGGCCAAUAAUCAGGGAUGGUGGGAGUUGUUGUUCAAGAACAUCUGAAAAGCACCAGCUUUGGGAAAGUUUGCUGUAGGGGUUAGCCAAGAACAAAUGCUUUCAUGGUGUACUGUUUACACCAGCCUCCUCAACCCCAGUGUCUCCAGAUGCUGAGAGACUACAGCUCUCAACACCCCUGGUCAUUGGCCAUGUUUCCCAGGCCUAAUGGAGGAGGAGGGCACAUGAUUGGGGGGGAACUGGUUACACACUCCUUACCAAACCUUUCCCUAAAGGAAGGAUUGUGCCCAGUGAAAUUCUGUGAGAAUAAUACAAAGACUCUGGUGCUUUCCAGAGAGGAAGCCGUCUUCCUUCCUGUACCAGACUGAGGCACCCUGCAAAGGAGGCUAUAUUCUGGUAGCGGUUGGACUUGCCCCUGAAAUCCUGCCUAACAUGACAUUCCAAAUUGGUUUGAGGGUUCUACUUGGACGGAAACCUCUGAGGACUUUCAUCGGAAGCCAAAAAGAGUUGUAAUAUGCCUCACUGGUGGGGUGGACAGUUUGCUUAAGGCCUGAAGCUUCAACCAGAUUAGGUUGAAAGCAAAUUUCUAAAUGAGAUUGGAGGUUCCCCAUAUGCAAAAGAAACCAUGUAAGGGAUUCUGAGGGAGUUGAUGAACUAGAGCCGUUUCUCAGGUGGGCUUCCUAUCUCUUUUGUAAGAGUUCUGUACUGCUCGGCAAUUAUAAGGUGAUCAUUUGUGCACUACCCCAAAAAAAGGACGAAAGAAGGAAGUGCUUUACAUAAAAUUUGCACAUGUUAAUGUAUAUAUAUAAAUGUAAAGGCACAUUUGUAAAUAAUUGCUAAAAUUCAAGUAGAAAUGCAAUACAUCCCAUAGAAGUGGGGAAGACCAUGACCAUGUGGCCUGUAUGUACCUGCUCAGCCUGCUGUCCAAGUAUUGACUGUUGAAGGGCAAUUUCAAGACCCCUCCUGCUCUCCCGUCUUAGAGGUCUUUAAAUUUAAACCAGACAACCCUUUAAACAGAGAGUGUCCUCUGGAAAGUAGGGCACGUGGCCACCCUUAUUUGGCAACAUCUCACAAGAGUGGGAGUUGUAGCACACUGGAGAGUUGUUUAGCUGAAGCAACUGUUUACGUGAACGGGGUGUGAGGCAGAACUGACCUCAUUCAACAAGCUGUGCAGGUUUGACAUGGCGCUCUGGAGGGGCAAGGACUUUGCAAGGGAGAAAGAGGGGGCCACCAUUAUAGAAAAGCACCCAACAAUUAGGGGUUCUCAUUUCCCACAGUAAAAAAGCUAUCAUGCAGCACAAUCCUGAGCAUGUUUACUUAGAAGGGAAGAUUGCUGAGUUCAGUGGGGCAACAUUAGAACUUCUGGCUUGGACUGUGAGCUGGAAAAUGCCUACUUC